AUAUUAUAAAACGUAAGGACUGUAAUCUAACGGUGCGAAGUAAGCACUUGGAGGAGGCUCGUCUGCGAGAUGGCUUCGACGGGACUCGGGAGAAUUCUCUGCGGUAUUUCACGAUCUCGGGUCCAGCGAGCCAUUUUAUUCGUCGACAGAUGUCAUCCCGGAUUGACAGCCAUCAGCUGCAGACACAAGGGAUCAAAAACACCUCCAGAGGAAAUAGAUUUAAAUGAGCCCAUUAAGUUUUCCACAAGCAGGGCAGCAACAUGGAAAGCGAGGGAAACAUAUGGUGGAAAGGUAGUGGAUAAGCGCCUGUGGUAUGAGCCCUAUGUCGUCUCCUUCAGUUUGGCAGUGUUUCUUGUUUACUUCUGCUAUCUUCGAGAGGAGAACAAUGUAGAUAUCAAACUGACCAAGUCCCUUUAUGACCAUAUAGAAGGUCUUGAGGAGAAGCAGCUGGAGCUUUCUCUGAAGCACAACAUGGAAACAGGACGUGACACUUUGGCCAUAAAGAACAGACUAGCAGAGCUCCAGGCCAUGAAAGCUGGUAGUUCUGAAACCAAACAAGUUCAAAUUGAAAAUUGAAUAUUAAAUAGUCCUUUUUUUAGUUCUCACUUUUUAUGCAGUUUCCAUUUGCCUACAUUGCUUAUGGAUUCAGAGUCAGUCACUCAGUUUAUGAUCAUUAUGUAAAUGGCCUUCUUCUGUGAAUAUUUCUUUAUUCUGUGAAUGAAGAUUACCUGUUUUGGUGGUUGUGUGAUUGGCAAAUGUCACCAGUAUCAUACCUUUUGGAUGUAUCCAAAAGGCAUAUAGACAUUCAGUUUUGUGAAUAGGAAAAUUAUAGUUAAUUUAUUAUCUGUUAAUUUUUUCUUGUAUGUCACUUUGUAUAUAAUUGGUUCCUAGUAGCCCAAGUGAAGUAACAGAAAAAAUAAAAUAUAAAACCAUCA